AUGUCGGACAUAGAGAGCCUUCUGCUAGCGGGGGGUGCUGCUGCUGUGGGUUUCUUGGCACACAAGUUGGUAUCUGACUACAAUGAGACACAAUCAGCACAUACUUCAGCACAAUCAGCACAUACUAGUAGGAGGAGCCCUCCUGUCUUCAGUGGGGUACAGAAGCAAGAGAAUGUAUACAAAGUACAUUCUGGUGAGGGGGGCCGUACAAGGAAAGAUAUGAGAAAACAGGCAUUUGACUCUGAAGUGCCUGAUCCAGUCAAGUGUAUUAUCUGCAUGGAGAACCCUCGAGAGAUUGGAGUAAGAGCUUCAAGUUGUGUUGGCUUUAUCCUAUCAGUAUACGCGUAUGUUGUGGAAACAUCAAAAGAACAUGAUUCGACCUACAGUGCAUUGUGUGAUAUAAAUGAGCAUAUGAGUUGUAGUAGAGUGUUUACAUCAAAGUAUGGAAGAGGUUUUGGACUUCUCUACCAUUUAGUAGGCCAGGACUCUGUGCUCAAUCAACCUAAUAGUGUUGGAGGCAUGGUUUUCUACAUAAUGGUUAUCUUAUUGUCCUAUUCAGAUAAAGUUGCAGUGACUAAACUGCUGAUAAGUUUCUCCAUUGUGUCCAACGUGUGCUCCGUGUAUCUCGCCUGUAUCUUGUACUUUGUUCUACACGACUUUUGUGUCGUCUGCGUCAGCACUUACGUUGUCAACGCAGUCAAUUUGGCGUUGACUAUUGCCAAACUAAGGACAUUGCGGGAACUUUCUACAAAGGCCAAAGAUGACUAACUUCUAGUCCUGAUUGAAAUUUGUGUGAAAACUAAAGUUCGAAUAGAUUAAAAAUAAGCCCUGUAUGUUGUUAUUCUGAUGUGUUAAUCUAAAUCAUAGGUAUACUACUAAUAUAUUAUCGUGUUACUGAUGAAGGCUGAAAUAAAUGUUUUAUAGUUAAUUAUGUUAGUGCAUAAUGAAUAUUUUCUAUUAAAAGUAUAUACUUUUUAUACAUUUUUCUGGAAUAAAUGUAUGUGGUAGUUUGUCAGAAGUAUAAAACAGAAAAGUGCAAAUAAAGUAAAUAUUGCUCAAUUAUUA